ACCCGUGUUCCUUGCGUCCCUUGAAUCGUAAGGGGUGAUGAGUCUGAGUCUCCUGUCUGGUCACGGAGGUUUCCAGCAAUCAUGGAAGAGCUUAAUCGCGGCGGCUGAGCGCUGCGUCACCGUGAGACAGAUCAAGGAGGCCCAUGCGGUGUUCAUCGCUCACGGCGUUCACCGGAACACGUACGCGAUUAGCAAACUUCUCACAGCCUUUGUACCUCUCUCGAAUGUGGACAAACACCUUCCUUACGUUUCCCUUGUUUUCCACUCAAUUGAAACUCGGAAUUCGUUUGUUUAUGAUACUAUGAUCAGAAUCAGUUCUCGUAGCUCUCAUCCUCAUCUGGGUAUCCGAUUUUUCCGUCUGAUGUUGGAGGAAGAUGGAGAUUUUGUAGCUCCCAGUAAUCUCACGUUUCAUUGGGUUUUGGUUUCUUGCCUGAGCUCGUGUUUGUUCUCUACGGGUAGGCAGAUUCACUGUUGUGUGAUAAAGAAUGGCAUACUGGCUUCGGAUGGUCAUGUUCAGACGGGAGUCUUGCGGCUCUAUGCAGAAGAUAAGGAGUUGCGAGAGGCACGCAAAGUGUUCGAUGAAAUUCCUUACCGAGAUGUUGUCAAGUGGGAUGUUCUAAUGAACGGAUAUGUAAGAUGUGGUUUGGCUUCCGAGGGUUUACGGGUCUUCAGAGAGAUGCUGGUUUCAGGGACGGAGCCCGACAAAUUCUGUGUUACCACCGCGCUAAAAGUCUGUGCACAAGCUGGGGCUCUUGCUCAAGGAAAGUGGAUUCAUGAUUUAGUGAAGAGGAAGAAAGGAUUUGAAACCGAUGUAUUUAUAGGAACGGCACUAGUUGAUAUGUAUGCCAAGUGUGGUUGCAUAGAGAUGGCAGUGGAAGUCUUCAAGAAGUUGAGUAAAAGGAACGUCUUUUCUUGGGCAGCCAUGAUUGGAGGAUAUGCAGUUUACGGGUAUGCGAGAAAAGCGAUCAUGUGUUUAGAGCGAAUGGAAAAAGAAGAUGCUAUUAAGCCCGAUGGGGUAGUACUUCUUGGGGUCUUAGGUGCCUGUGCCCAUGGAGGACUUCUAGAGGAAGGCAGAUCACUGUUAAAUAAUAUGGAAGCUCGAUAUGGAAUUACUCCCAAGCAUGAACAUUACAGCAGUAUAGUAGAUCUGAUGUGCAGAGCUGGACAGUUAAAUGAAGCGUUUGAUCUUAUAGAAAGAAUGCCCAUGACACCGCUUGCAUCUGUAUGGGGUGCUCUACUAAAUGGUUGUCGUACACACAAGAAUGUUGAACUUGCCGAAAUAGCUGUUAAGAAUCUUCUCGAUCUAGAGAAAGGAAACGCUGAUGAAGAGGAAGCAGCUCUUGUUCAACUGUCUAAUAUCUACUUCAGUGUCCAAAGAAGUGAAGAGGCAUCUAAGAUUCGUCGGAUGAUAGGUCAGAAGGGCAUAAAGAAGGCACCAGGAUGCAGUGUGUUAGAGGUUGAUGGAAAUGUAAAUGAGUUUGUGUCGGGAGAUGGUUCACACCCAAAUCUGCUGCAAAUUCACACAAUGCUUCAGCUGCUAUCUGUUGAUUCCUUACAGAAACUGUAGCCAGCAUGUCUUAUGUAUGCUACUGCAUUGUUCUCAGAGAUUUAACGCGGUUUGUCUGUUGAACAUAACUGUAGAAUCCAUUCUUGAAGUGGCUAAUCUAUCUGAGGAGACUCUCGAGCUAUAUUUUCUCAAAGAAGGAAGUUUCUGUUCAACACCUGUAACCCACAAAAGACACUCGAAGGUUCUGCCAGAAUGCUAAAAGGGAGUACCUAUGGAGGCAAGUUUCUGACCCCCGAAACAAGAAUGGGAAAAUUAAAGGAAGAAUUCAACAAAUGGAGGAAUCUCCCAAAAGGGGCCAUGGGAGUGGCAUUGUUGUCCCUUUUUAUACAUCGAUAGAUUCUCAGUGAAUAUAGUAAGUUUCUCCAUAGCACAUAAUAAUGCUAAGCUUAGUUAUUUGAUCAUCUUAGUGCGGAGCUAGCAAACCUCAGUUGGAGAUUUGAGAGAGAAUCCUUUUGGCGAACAGAGUUCCUCAUGGUUCUGGAGCUCUCUUCUUUUUGCUCUCCAAAAUAUCAACAUCCCAGAGAACCCAGUCUUGGUGUGGCUCCUACGUGGAAGUAUCAUGUGUGACGGAGUUCCUCUGUGGCGGCAAUCCUCCGAUGGCUCGAAGGAACACUACAAGAGAUUUUACAAGAGCUGGCUGGACCUUGUCUCUUGAGCCGGAGUUGGACACCUUCCUUGAUGGGUUUCCACUCAUUGGAUGAGCCGAGUCUCCUCGGCGGCGGCAUCUGAAGGACCUUCUUGCUCGUCGUGCCAAGGAGCAAUGGCAUGUUCGAGGCUGUGAGGUACUUACCAAAGCAGCUCUUGAGCCCAUGGGAUAAUGUUCUUCUUCUCCACGAUCCAUAAGGUUUUAGUGUUUAGGGUUCAAUACCCUUCAUCAUCCCCUGCCGAAAGGUACUUGUCAUGGUGGCUACACAAACGCACUGUCAUGGCCUUUCUGAAAAAUCUCCGUUUCUGCUUCUGUCAUGUCCAAAACGCAGAACUUUCAACUAAGACAUCACAGAAGAAUCCGUACAGAGGAUUCAUUGGAGCAAAUAUAUUGCAGACAACAGCAGAAAUCAAGUUGUAUGAAUCUAAAUCUUUAUGAUCUCUCACGUGAAAUCUUGAGAAUUCACAUCUGAAUUCAUAAUGGAGAUGCGGAGAGAGAUUCAUGAGUUCCUCAAGUGUCUUUUUUGUAAUCUUUGAAGCUUAAUUUGAUUUCGACAAGAGAAAAGACAAGGGGUUUCUUU